CCUGUGCUCAGCUGUCAGACCGUUCAGAGUGUGACUCUGCUGCCAUUUCUGCCGAGGAACAACAAGCUCUGUGACAAAGGCUCCCUGAAGCUGCCUGGAGGGACCCCAAAUGUCGAGGCGAGGGAUGGAAGAAAGCUAUGAGACAUUUGAAGAGGAGUUAGGGCCAUCAACAGCAGAUCCUCCUCCACAGAAGCCUGUUCGACAGAUCCGCAGACCAGAAAUGUACGCUCCGAGGAAAAUCAGAGAGGAAAUGGCUCCAUUUCCACAACAACCAAGAUCAGAACCCAAGAUUUUACCGAGGGAACCCAGCGUCCCCAGAACAACAUCUUUGCACAAACCCUUGUCCGUCCAAAACGUGACUCAUAUUGAAGCCCCCUGGGAGAAUGUCACCCUCAACCGCUGUCUGUUUGUGGUCAUUUCCAUCCUGGUGUUCACCUCCGGCUUUCAUAGGCUUCAUGAAACUCUGCGUGGUAAGAGGACAGCAGAGGAGGAAGAGGAAGAAGUUGGUGUGAUAGUGAGACGUUCAGGCUCAUUACGACAUAGAGGACAGCCACCCGAGCCGGAGACAACUCUUUGGGAAGUCAUGUUUUGGUGGCUGCCAGACCUAGACGAUGAAGAGGAUGAGGAGGAAGAUGAAGACGAUGAUGGACUUGUCAAAAAAGGAAAGUCAAAGAAAGGAGCAGGUCUUAGAAACAAGCCACUGCCAGACAAAAAACUCAUGAAGCCAAAAGAAGGGAAAUUAAAGGACAGGAGAGCUAAGAAAGCCAGGGUCGAAGAAAUCAAAGACAUGAAGACAAUAGAUAAAAAGGAGGAACCUGAAAAAACAGCAGAUGAGGAAGAUGAGGAGGAAGAAAAUGAGGAGGUAAAGCCUGAGAAGACUAAAAAGCUGCAGGAAAAGAAGAAAAAGACUCAAAAGGGAUGAGUUCAAUGUUUCUACUGUUCCAAUUUCCUCUUUUAAAUACAGUUGCAAGAAAAAGUAUGUGAACCUUUUGGAAUGACCUGGAUUUCUGCAUAAGUUGGUCAUAAAAUGUGUUCUGAUCUUCAUUUAAGUCACAACAAUAGACAAACACAGUCUGCUUAAA